AUGCCUCUUCCUAGUGCCCCACGCCCUUUAGCUCCAUCGUCCGAUCCAACCUCUCAGUAUACUUUACUUGAGAAGCUCGGUACAGGUAGCUUUGGGACCGUUUACAAGGCUGCAGACAAGAAUGGCCACAUUGUUGCUAUCAAACAGAUUGACCUAGAGGACACUGACGAUGAUAUAUCAGAAAUUCAGCAAGAAAUCUCUCACUUGGCUCAAUGUGAUUCUGACCAUGUCACUCGCUACUACGGAUCAUUCGUAAAGGGAUACAAACUUUGGAUCAUUAUGGAAUACCUCGCUGGUGGCUCUUGUCUGGACUUGCUCAAACCAGGUGUAUUUCCCGAAGCUCAAAUCGCUGUGUUGGUCAGAGAACUACUCCUUGGCCUCGAUUAUUUGCACACGGAAGGGAAGAUCCAUCGUGACAUCAAAGCUGCCAAUGUCUUGCUAUCAGGAUCUGGAAGUGUUAAACUUGCCGACUUUGGUGUUGCCGCUCAGCUGAGUACAACAUUGAGGCAUACCUUUGUCGGAACUCCAUUUUGGAUGGCACCUGAGGUUAUUAGACAAGCGGGAUACGAUGCCAAGGCAGAUAUAUGGUCCUUAGGCAUUACAGCAAUCGAGUUGGCGCUCGGCGAGCCUCCGUUGGCUGAAUACCACCCAAUGCGUGUCCUGUUUCUGAUUCCCAAAGCAAAGCCGCCCGUUCUUGAAGGAAACUUUGGUGCUGCAUUUAAAGAAUUCGUGUCUUUGUGCUUGACGAAGGAUCCCAAGCUUCGUCCAUCAGCAAAAGAGCUUCUGCAACAUCGAUUCAUCAAAGGCGCUCGCCGUGGUACGAGCUCCCUAACCGAAUUGAUUGAGAGGUACCAAGAUUUUCGGACUCGUCAGCCACGUGCACCGAAUCCGAACAAUCAUCCAACUAUUCGUCAGUCAAUCUAUGAUACGUAUGCUGGAGGAGCGGGGGGUACUAUGCGCAGCGAAUGGCUGUUCGAAAGCGUUCGAAGCAACGCACCACCCAGCGGUUAUAACAGCGUACGAGACAUACUAUACGAAGAAGAUGGAGAAGGGAACGAGAUACGGUCAGGGAAGAAGGAUACUUAUAGUAGUGCGAGCGCAGCCUUUGGAUCGGUAAUCGAGGAUGAACCUCAAUCUCAAAAUUUAGACAAACCCGUUAAGACUCCCACAACAUCUACCCCUAGCUCACCUGUGACGGCCAAGAGCUCGGUGCCAACGAUUGGAGAUGGGGCAGCAUCGCCUACAUCUCCCCGUCACCAGAAGCGUUCGAGUCACGCUGCGCGAAAUGAUCCCAACGGUACCGUCGUUCAGGAGGGUGACGUAGGAGAUGGAAUGAAUACUAUGCGACCGGUAAAACGAGUGGACGCUGCAGGCUCUCUCCGUCUUUCCAAUGAAUAUGUUGGAAGUGUUAGGAGCCGUAGCUCUGGUGAUAGCGGUGAAGGAAAUAACGAGAAUGGGCUUGGUGAGAGUGUAAUAUCCAACGGUGAAGCGAAAGCAGCUCGGAAGCGCGCGAAAAGCCUUGGUGAAAGUGCCAAGGCAGGCACGGCACUUGUAGAUGAGGUCGUUAUACCUGUUCUACAAAGACAUAUACACGAUGACAUGGAUGCUCACGAGAUCGAAAGCAUGAGCAUGCUCGCGAGAGGAUUUGAAGAUCUCAAGAAUGCCAAUCCUGAGCUAGCAUACAACGUCAUUUUAGACAUGUUGUCGGGCAUCAAUGAAAAUAACGUACUAAGGCAACAUAUUUCAACAAAACGAGGGAUGUUCCCGCAUAAACGCAUACACCGUGGGACCGAAAUGACAUCCGAGGGGCUUGUUGUCACCGAACAGGCGGAAGAGGUUGGAGGACAAUCGACUGAAAACCUGGAUGCUCAGAAACGGAGCCCGAUCGCAGAAUUGCUUUACCUCCGUUGGCUUGAAGGAUUGAAGAUCAAGGUAUUUGGGUGA